AUGGACCUUCCCUCCACUCCUGUCGUUCACCGUCGGACGUAUAGAUCUUCUCAGACCUCUGUUUCCCACACCUUUUCUCGCCCCGGCCUUCUCCAUUACAAAGCAAACCAUUCCUUGGGAAAUGAGAACAGCAAGAACGACUCCGACGGCAGCAAGUCUCCAUUCCCUUUGAGACGCCUUCCAAACCUCAAAGAAUCAACUAAUAAUACCCUCCUCUCACCUGCACUCACCGAUGAAAGAUAUAUGCGCUCAUCAAUUAGCUCUCCGCAGUCCCUGUCCAAGUCACUCCCUAGGCCUGUCCCCCAUCAAGACUCUACAUACCCAAUUGCUUCUCCUCCUCAUUUGUAUCCUGUGGCGCCCCGUGUAUCCAGCUCUAACUCCAAAUCCUUGGAACGCAUCGCCGAAACUGAUCUGGACGAAGAACCGAUACAACAGCCUCCGACGAGCAGCUCCCCUCGCUUCUCCGACGCCCUCUUACCCUCUUCAUCUCCACCGACGUCCAUCCCCGACUGCAGCAGCUCAGAUGAGAUAGUCCGGCCAAUUGUCAACGCACCUCCGGUCAUGACAGGCGUGAGCGAAGUGCUCGAAUCAGCCGAGUUUCUGUCGCGAUUGGACGACCUCCUGGAUGUCGCUAUCCCGACUCUGGAUUCUGCAAGCAGCGUCGCGACGACACCGGAGUAUCCGCGCGGAACUGUCCCCAGUAACAUCAAGCGUGGCGUCCUCGCUCGGCGGAUGUAUUCUUGGUCUUCUGCGACGACAGGCUCUUUUUGUUCCUCUUCUGCUACGGCACGCGUCUCCCGGUCUGAAUCUCUCUCUUCUGCUGCCUCCUCUGCAGGGUAUGCUGCCGAUAUGGACGAUGGAUGUAUGCUUAGCUCUGAAUCUUCAAGCUCUCCUCCAGCCUUCAAGAGAUCUUUUUCUUCCCUCGAUGACUCCACCCCCAUUGCUCGCAAGCUCCGCAAAACCGAUUCUCAAGCCUCGUGUUCUUCAAUGCGAAGCGACUCUGAUUCUAGCACAAUGUCCCUCUGCCCCAUCCGUGCCAGUCUGCGCAAGUCUCUCUCCUUGCGGACCUCCUCCGCGACACAUGAUGUGCGUCUUCUUCCCAAGGUCAUACCCGUGCAUUCCGCACAGCUGAACGACUCCAAGGAAAGCGAGCUGCCGCACGCCCCGACCGAACCCAACUCGCCGCCGACGAAACGCCCGACGCUGGAUUUCCGCCGAGCGUUCCCAGCUGGCGUUCCCGUCAUCGCCCCGCCGGUGGGCUACGUGGCAGGGUUUCCGAUGACGGCGGAAACGGCUGCCAAAGCCCGCAUCGCUAGUUUAGUGCUUCGCGAGCAGGGGCUUCGAGAGAGGGAGCUGCUGGAUUGUGCUGGUGUGCUGAAGAAGACAAAUUGGGAACAGCUGCUUGGUGUGGGAUGUGAGAAGCGCCGGGAUGUGGUGGAGUGGCUGCUUGAGGUGAUCCCACCCAAGUCGAUGUACUCGCGGGCCUUCCAGACCGCCUCUGGUGUCGAGCUCAAGCCACUCAAGGACGAGAAAGACGGCGACAGCGAAACGAGCGACGACGUACCCGAUCUCAUCGACCAGUUGACGCACUCUCCCGAGACGCGGUUCCACGCUGCGCAUAUGUUCCUGCGCUAUUUCCAUCUCGUGAUGCACGACCGCGCGCAGCGUGUCGAUCUGGAAGCGAUGAAGGCGUCCUUCGAGGCGUCGGAGGAGGGGCUGUCCUGGGAUCCGUCCAUCCCGCCCGACGGAUGGAACUUGGUCGUGUGGGAUAUAUGCGUGGGAUGUUUGGCGAUCAGCGUCAAGAUACAUCGAGAUGUGCUGGAGCCGCUGGGGCCGGUGAUGUCUUACGAGUACGAACGAAUCGCGCCGCAUGAGAUGGGGUAUGACGACCUUGAAACCGCGCACCGAGACAUUUUAUCGGCAUUCGAUUACUCUCUCGGCGACACCCCGCAGGCGAUUCUGGACGAAGUUUGGCGCGCACUGCCGUCUCUGAGAGCGCUUCUCCCGCCGAAAGCGGGGUGGGAAUACGCGCAGAAAGGGACUUGGGCCCGGCUAUUUUCGCUCAUCUUAGAACCUGAUGUCCUCAAAUAUCCUGUAUCCCUGCUCACCGUGGCGGUGCUCAUUGAAACAUUGAUCACCGAUGCCAUGCAUCGAGGCGAAUACCCCUCUCUGUCGUCUAAUGCGCAGCGUCUGGGACUGGCUGGUGAUGAGCCUCGGAGAGAUGAGAUCGUGGGGUCGUGGGAGAUGGAGCAAGGGCUGGAGGGUGUGAUUCAGGAUCUGCAGGCUGUGGUGCAGGUUUCGGAUGAACGAUUGCUGGACUGCCGGAGAUGGAUUCGGGUGGCGUUGAAGAGUGACGAUAGCUGAAGAUCUCAGACAUGCUCUCGAACCGUUUCUGCGUGUUUAUUUCGGUAUGCUCAAUCACAUGAUACUUGUUAGAUACUAGGACGCUACAGUCCUUCUAUGAGUCGUUAAGGUCAGCAUGUGCCCAGUCAGAGUCGGACAUGGCUUACGACAAUCGUCCACACACUGCGUCUUGGGCUGGCACUCGAAGGCGUCGGGACUCCGUGCACAGCACGCGCGGCAGAAAACCAAGCAGAACUGGAGGUAGAUGUAUACACGCGUCAGAAAAUAGCGAGAUACACAGUAGCCUCUCGAGGAAGAGCAGCUGGACUGACACUCUCGUCACCUGAGGCUAUGCAGGUCUCUUGUCCACGCACACCUGAAGUGCAUCUUGGUGGUGGCACCGAGUGGGUCGCCGCGCAUCUUUUUAUGGGAUUUAGGCAGGGCGGAUGUGAGAUAAGGCGAUGACAGGACACACGACUUGGUAGCAUGGACUGGAGACAGGGCGAUCUGUCCGUGGCAUGUCAUCU